AUGCUAAGGAAUAAUUUAGCCAACAGCUCAGACUUUAAAAAUGAAAAUGGCUCUGUCUUUUCACAGACUGAACACAGCAUUGUUGCAGCUUACUUGAUUACCGCAGGUAUGAUAAGUAUUCUCAGCAACAUAAUCGUUCUAGGCAUCUUCAUUAAGUUCAAGGAACUUCGGACACCCACAAAUGCAAUAAUCAUCAACCUGGCUGUUACCGAUAUAGGGGUCAGUAGCAUUGGCUACCCCAUGUCUGCUGCUUCAGAUCUGCAUGGAAGCUGGAAAUUUGGAUAUGCAGGAUGUCAGAUUUAUGCUGGGUUGAAUAUUUUUUUUGGAAUGGCAAGUAUUGGAUUGCUCACGGUCGUGGCUGUGGAUCGAUACCUGACCAUCUGCCAUCCUGAUGCAGGAAGAAGAAUGACCACUAACACUUACGUAAGCAUGAUUCUGGGGGCCUGGACCAAUGGCCUGUUUUGGGCUUUGAUGCCUAUCAUCGGGUGGGCUAGUUAUGCCCCAGAUCCUACUGGGGCCACCUGUACCAUAAACUGGCGGAAAAAUGAUGUGUCUUUUGUUUCUUACACCAUGAUGGUAGUUGUGAUAAAUUUUAUCAUGCCCUUGACAGUGAUGUUUUACUGUUAUUACCAUGUCACUCAAUCCAUUAAACAUCAUGGUACUAAUAACUGCACUGAGUACCUCAACAGAGAUUGGUCAGAUCAGGUAGAUGUAACAAAGAUGUCUGUGAUAAUGAUACUCAUGUUUCUGGUGGCAUGGUCCCCUUAUUCCAUCGUGUGCUUAUGGGCAUCUUUUGGUGACCCAAAGAAGAUUCCUCCCUUAAUGGCCAUCAUAGCUCCUCUGUUUGCAAAAUCUUCUACAUUCUACAAUCCUUGUAUUUAUGUGAUUGCUAAUAAAAAGUUUCGAAGGGCGAUGCUUGCCAUGUUCAAAUGCCAUACUACCCAAGCAAUGCCUGUGAUGAGUAUUUUACCAAUGGAUGUACCUCAAAACCACUGA